AUGGGGGGCGGUGCGGGGGGCGGGGGCGGGGGAGGAGGAGGAGGAACGAAGGAGGAGAAAAGACCGGAGGAGGAAGGACAAGCGGCACGGGAGGAGAGGAGGAGACGAGGAGACGAGGAGACGGAGUCCGCUUUGCUCCCGGGCCAGUUGCCGCGCCGCUUCUCGCCGCCCGCGGGCGCAGCGCUCAGCCCCGCUCCUGCACAUCCGCUUCUGCCCAUCCGCUUCUGCCGCCCCCGCGCCCCUGGUGUCUCGCAGCCGGAGACAGCGCGGAUUCGCCGCAUCUCGCAGGACAUAACAGAAAGCAAUUUCAACAUGUCAUCAGUCAAGCGCUUGGUUUAUGCAGUCAUCCAUUUCUUGAGAGAACAGAGUCAGAUGGAUACUUUUACUCCAGAUGAACAAGAAAGCUUGGAAGUUGCAAUUCAGUGUCUGGAGACUGUGUUUAAGAUUACCCUGGAAGAUACUCAUCUUGCGUCCUCACAGCAUUUGAUAGAAAUGUUCACAAAUUCUAUUCAAAAGAAUGACAUGCUGCCUCUCUCACGUUCUUUACCAGAAAGCAUUGUAAAGGCUGACCAACUGAAGGAUGAAGGUAAUAAUCACAUGAAGGAAGAAAAUUAUGGUGCUGCAGUGGAUUGUUACACUCGGGCUAUAGAACUGGAUCCAAACAAUGCAGUCUAUUACUGCAACAGGGCUGCUGCUCAAAGUAAGCUCAACAACUUUAGGGAAGCAAUAAAGGACUGUGAGAGUGCCAUCGCAAUAGAUCCAAAGUACAGCAAAGCAUAUGGAAGAAUGGGGUUGGCUCUGACCUCAGUGAAUAAAUUUCAAGAAGCAGUUACCAGUUAUCAAAAAGCACUUGAUCUUGAUCCAGAGAAUGACUCUUACAAGUCAAAUUUGAAAAUAGCAGAACAGAAACUAAGAGAUGUGUCCAGUCCUACUGGAACUGGACUGAGUUUUGACAUGGCAAGCUUGAUAAACAAUCCUGCCUUCAUUAGUAUGGCAGCAAGCUUAAUGCAAAAUCCUCAAAUUCAACAACUGAUGUCAGGGAUGAUGUCAAAUGCCAUCGGUGGCCCUGCUGCUGGGGUUGGUGGCCUUUCAGAUUUGUCCAGCCUGAUCCAUGCGGGGCAGCAGUUUGCGCAGCAGAUACAGCAGCAGAAUCCUGAGCUCAUAGAGCAACUGAGAAAUCAUAUCCGGAGCAGAUAUUUGAGUGGCAGCACUGAAGAACAUUCCUGACUUCAAGAAGUCAUCUGAAUU